UUAGGCCUUAACCGCAAGAAAAUUGGGAAUCCAAGAGAGAGACUGAGAGACGGACUCGCCGAGAGAGAGAGAGGAGCCUUGGCCACGCGUGAACCCCAGUCCGACGAGCUCUUCCGGUCGAAGUCCUCAGGCUGAACCGGAAGUUUUCAUCACAUCUAAAUCUCAGCCAAGCCAGCUGGGUGAUUUGGGAGAUUUAUCAAGCAAACGGGCACUCGCAUUAUUUGUCUCUGGAAUGAGGUUAAAAAUGGAGGCACGAUGGUAAAUCGCCGUGUCUGUGCGGACCCAACGAAGCUCUGAGAAUGGACCGAGAUAAAGAUUCGCUAUUUAGCAAUGGACUGUAUCUGGCAAACUUGGCUGUGUCAUCAAAUCUUAUUCAGGAUUCAUGGGAUGCCAUACCCAAAUUUGAGCAGCGAAUCAAUGAACUCUGCCUCUUGAGUUGUGUAAAGAGUGUGUUUCAAGACCGUGUAAAAAUCAAAGAAGCUGGCCACCCGAACUACAAUGUCAUUGCCUUUGUCACCUCACCAGUUACUACAGGCUGUCUUGAAGAGGAAAGAGAUUUGGUUCCUUCAUUCAAGAUCCCCAACUUUAAGUUCCUAUGCUCCGAAAGCAGUCCAACUUUUCAUAUAAACAAAGCUGCAAUUUCUCUGUUUAACUCUCUUCGAGAUGAGCUCUCUCAACUCAAAGAAAAGGUUGUAGCUUCAGCCAAGUCUGAGGACUAUGUUCCCUAUAUUAUUACAGGACACUGUUUGGGUGGAUCCAUCGCCUCCCUUUUCGUGUUAUGGCUUCUAAACACACUCGAUACAACAAAGGGAACACUCCCCCUCUGUAUCACUUUCGGUUCACCACUCCUUGGGGACAAUGCCUUCCAACAAGCCGUAUCGCAAUAUUUAAAAUGGAAUUCUUGCUUUUUGCAUGUAGUUCAUAAGGAUGAUUGUUUUCCUAGACUAUUCCUUCACCCUUCCACCACUAACCCAAGUCAAUACAAACCUUUUGGUACCUUCCUUUUGUGUUCCGAAUCAGGUGGUGCCUGUUUUGAAGACCCUAAGUCCAUCAUGGAGCUGCUCAUGUUGGAAAUUGGUUUUGGAAACCAAGAGUCCCAUUGUGUCAAUUAUAAGACUGUCAUCCAACGGCUAGAUCAAAGAUUAAUUCGCAAUGAUUGGUCAUGGUUGAAUGGGCAAGAAGCAGAUUCGUAUAAAGCUGGGGUUACUACUCAAGUCAUAGCGGUCAGCCUCGAGGCAAGACAGCUGAAUGAGGGCGGUACUCUGAUAGAUAAAAUAAUAGAGUGUGAACGAGACGUCAUAAGACAACGAAGAGAGGCAUUGGAUCCUGCCAAGCAGUUGGGCAGAAUGAAAGUGUACCUAACUUUCUUGGAGUGGUACAUGAAGGUAUGCAAAGCAAAUGGCCAGGGUCCUGGUUACUAUGACAGCUUCAAAAAUGCACGAGAAAGGCGUGACAAUGUAGUUGAUAAGUACAAGACAAUCCUCUCGGAUUACUGGGAGCGUGUGGUCAAAGAAGCGGAGAAGAAGCCUCAAAUAUGGGGCAAGCCCCUGCGGCGCCGUUGGCUCUUUGGAGGGACAAAUUACCGCAGGAUAGUGGAACCACUGGACAUAGCGGAAUAUUACAAAAGGGGCCGAAAGGAUUACAUUAAUCGGGGAAGAUCAAAACACUACAAGCUGCUAGAGGAUUGGCUGGGCGAUUAUCUGAAAAAUGAUCCCAAGGACGAGGCUGGUCUUUCGGAUUCGAAAUUGAAAAACAUUGAGUCGAUUGUGACGGAGGAUUCGUGCUUUUGGGCACGCGUGGAGGAGGCCAUCCAGUUGAGCAGAUUGCCGGAAAGCGAAGGAUCAUCAAACAGGUCCAAAAUAGCGAAUCUAAUGGAGUUUGAGGAAUAUGUUAUGGGUCUGAUCAAGAAGUACAAGGUUUCGCCUGACAUAUUUUUGGAGAAAAGCAGCUAUAUGCAAUGGUGGAGGGAGUAUGUGCAGAUCCUGGAGAAGCCAAUGAUGGGUGAUUGGUGGAGGGAGUAUGUGCAGAUCCUGGAGAAGCCAAUGAUGGGUGACUCUCACAAUUCACAGCUUGUUGCUUUCAUGAGGAAGGGGCGCUACAAAAAAUAUGCUGAAGGCUCCCCAAGCAUAUUUCCAGAAGGAGCCAAAAUCUCUCCAUCAUUUCCUCCCCGUUGUCUUACCCUUUCCCUGCUCCUUUUCCUUUCCCUCUGCAUUUGCCUUUACCUUUUCCAUUUCUCUAAGUAAAUCCCCAAAAGGACACCUGUACUGAUGUGCUCGGCAAUUCUAGGCACGCAGACUUCGAUCUCAACAUUGAACUUUGGGAUGUGAUAUAUAUGCCUACUGUAUUCUUUAUAAGCAAACUUGUGAGGAAACGUCACUUUGUAGUUUUGUAGUACCGUCUGUUGGAAUAAUUAAAUAUCAAAUCA